AAAGAAAAAAAGAUGAAAAAAGGCAAGGAGAUUUCACGUAUAAAUAUACACUCCUCGAACGUAUAGAAGGGAGCAUAGGCGAAUGGUCAAGGAAGCGAAGUAAAUAAAAGAAAGAAAAAAGGAAAAGAAAAGCGCGCGGAUAGUACGUAGUGGGGAUAUAAGAUCGGAGCCAUCUGUCAUGGCCGAUACUCGGUGCGUGGAUGUAGUUUUGGUCGGUCCGUGUCGGCGCGCGGAGCGUCCUACUGCUGGUGUUGCAGUGAAAAAAGAUGGGCCGAAAUAAUGGGCAGACGGUUAAGCGAAGAAGGCGUUAGCGAUCUGACGAUCCUCGUACCGGACGAUUUUUUCGAUAAGUCCGGGACGAUGGAGUCACGGCCACGACGAAGUCGAUUACGGAGCGUCGUCGGGAUAUGUUUCUUUCUCGCUUUAACCGGGAUCGUAUAUCUUGGUUACUUUUGUCCGGAUCACGUGUGUGCCCUGACCAAUCGACAGGACGUCAAGGAUUCCGCGAGAAUUCCAGAGGGUCUCUCUCUUGGAGCACCCGCAGCUGCCUUGUCUUCUGUUUCCAUCGAGCUUGACAAGAACGGUCUCUUCUCUGUACAUCCUGCGUUUAAGCUUCAAAGUAUACAGGGAAGCCUUGGAUACGAUGAUGUCUUUGCCAAUGAUACUUUUCAAUUUGACAUCAAUGCUCAUGACGUCAUGGUUUUCCUGCAUAUUCAAAAGACAGGGGGAACAUUGUUUGGUAAACAUCUAGUAAGAGAUCUGGAUCUGCAGAGACCAUGUUCUUGCCAGAGAAGACGUAAGCGCUGCCUUUGUUUCCGUCCAAAUCGCAAUGAAAAUUGGCUUUUUUCUCGGUACUCUACUGGUUGGAAGUGUGGGUUACAUGCUGACUGGACUGAAUUAACUAGUUGCGUCGAUUCUGAGUUGAAUAAAAUUGAAGGGGAAGGAAUUAAGCGUAGAUAUUUUUACAUAACUAUCAUAAGAGAUCCUGUUGCACGUUAUUUGUCUGAAUUUCGACAUGUGCAAAGAGGUGCAACAUGGAGAGGUGCACGUCAUUGGUGUGGAGGAACUCAAGCUAAUAUACCACAGUGUUAUAAUGGACCUAGUUGGCAAGGAGUUAGUUUAGAACAGUUUAUGGAGUGCCCAUACAAUUUGGCAAGCAAUCGUCAAACAAGAAUGCUGGCUGAUUUGUCAAUAGUUGGUUGUUACAACUCUACGCUUAGCAGCUUGGACAGGGAUCGUCUUAUGUUGGCUAGUGCCAAACAUAAUUUACAAUUUAUGCCUUUCUUCAUGUUGACUGAGUACCAGAAAGUGGGCCAGUAUUCAUUUGAAGAAACGUUUGGAAUGAGAUUUGCUGUUGCAUUCGAACAGCAUAAUGCCACCCUUAGUGCAGCUACUAUGGCCACUCUUAACCCAGAACAAUUAGAUGCAGUGCGUAGACUUAACAAAUUGGAUCUGGAACUGUAUGAUUUUGCAAAGAAACUUGCAUUUCAAAGAUUUAGAAGACUCAAAGAUCGCGAUCCUUACUUCGUGCAACGAUUUCAGCACCUUGGAGAAUUACCCUCCAGACAAAGUGCCACAGAAUUUAAUUGGGACUCUGUUAUUGAAGAUACAACAGAUAACGAAUAAUAUGUGAGUAUAUUGACAGACAUUAUCGAUGCUUCGCAUUCGCGAAUAAAUACAGCGGUUGCACUGGAUCUGAGUAUCUCAGGGAAAAUGCCCUUGGAACAGAAUGCUUUAUAUACAUAUAGUUAUCAGACGCAUUUGUUGCGUGAAUUUUACCAAAAGUGUUGUAGAAUUUUACAUGGACAAGACCAAAGAGAGCUCCAAGAACCUUGGUAUUAUCCUUGGUACUUUUUCAGUGGUUUCAUGUAAGAAUAGAAGUCAGAUAAUUAUAAAAACAAACAAACAAACUUUAUAUAUUCUUAAAACAUUUGCAAACACUCUGUGAAAGCUCUUCCAUAUAUGUACAUGGCUAAUAUAACUUUGCUUAUAAUGCUGAGAACCAGCUAUAAAAGUACUGAUUUUUCUUCUAUAUGUGAAUAUUAGUUCAUGAAUGGGAUUGCAUCUAUAUUUGUUAAAACAAACUUUUAUAAUAGAUACACAUGUAGAAUUAUAACAUUUUAUGCGUUCAACAGGAUUCAAGGGAUUUGUACAAAGAAUUAGGAAUAGAACUUCUAUUUUAUUGUGAUAAAAUCUUUAUAUCUUUAUAUAUGUGCACUUUGAAAUGUAGUUUCAAUACUGAGAAAAAUCAUAAUUUCUUCAAUCAUAAAAAGAUAAGGUUCUAUUUUAUUUUUACCAAUCUCACUCUUGUCUAAAAAUAUUAAAUAUCUAAAAA